UUCAAAACUUGGGCGUGGCUAUCAGUUACUAAAUUCGUUAGCUUUGUAAACAUGAAAAUUACUAAAGAAAGUGGUACUAGCUGGAAGUACCUACUUACAAAGACAAGCGUUAUCAUCAUGACUUUGAGUUUGUCCAUCAGCGGAUCUUGUGCUGUGCAAGUCAGGUCAACGGCUAUACAAUCACGCUCGUCAAUUCUAUAUCCCAACUCUCCAUUUGAGACAAACAGCAUAGAAUGGAACAAGAGCAAUCCUGCUCAAUCCACCUCUGCUUUCAUCAAUUCUUCCAACAUUGAACGUACAGUCGUGAUCAGACCUACUUCUGUUGUCACAGACUUCACCUCUCUUCCAUCUCACUACCUCAAGCUUCUUCUCAGUGUGACCACUGAUGUAUUUGAUAAAACGUUAUUCUUGCAAGAGUUUUUAACUUAUUUGUCGUUCAACCCUGAAAACAUUGUAUUUCAUCCAGUCCCAAAUUCUAACAAGGAAAUAGCAGUAUAUGUACGUAAUGAUAUGAGCCUAACAACAGAAUUCAUCAAUAAUUUUGUAACGGUUUGGGACAAUGGCAAGAACAGAGAUGAAGUGUUCUCGACAACUGCAAAGCAGGUUGUUGGUUAUGCCAUAUUUCCAGAGACUGCACCACUUCAGUAUCUGAGGCUGCGUCUUCGAGUACCAACAGAUCAAUUCAAUCAGACACGUCUUUUGAUAGAAUUUUCUAACUAUGUAACAUUUACCCUUCAAAGCAUUGUUAUUAAAACAUCACCUGACACUGACAUGGAAGUCAGCAUGUAUGUGCGAAACAGUGAAAAACUAACAUCCGAGUUCAUCAAAAAUUUCAUUUUUGUCUGGAAUGAUGCAAAGCUGAGGAACACAGUGUUUAGUUCUGCAGUCAUACAACAAAUUGAAGGUUAUGUCAUGGAAUCUGAGGAGGGAGAUGGUCUCCCAGACUGGGGAGUGGCUCUAAUUGUUGUACUUACUGUAGUGACUGUUACAGCGAGCUUGAUCUUAACAAUUGUUUGUUGUAGAAAAAGCCAUGGAUCAAAAGACGGAGAACACAAAUUCAGUAAAGUCACCUUUUCAAGACUGAGCUGGUCUCAAAAUGACCAUCCAAGCAAAAGCAAAACUAGCACACUUAACAAUAAACUUCCGGUUCAGUCUCGAAGGCUCACAAUAUCAGGUCUAACUGAAGCACUAGAAGAUGAGGAACAACUGGUCAAAGAGUUCCAAACAAUUCCUCUGAUGAUGAUUCCCUGCAAAGACAUUCCUGCUGAAUGUCUCACCAAGAACAGAUAUGGACAAGUCUUGCCUACUCCUGAGACUCGUGUCCCACUGUUUCUACAGUUUGAUCAGCCAACUUCUGACUACAUCAAUGCCAACUUUAUUCAGGGAUAUAACAACAAACCAAAAGCUUACAUUGCCACUCAAGGUCCAAUGAAAUCCACUAUCAAUGACUUCUGGCGUAUGGUGUGGGAGCAAAACGUUAGUGUUGUGCUCAUGGCAACAAAUCUAGAAGAAGGAGAUAAGAUCAAGUGUGACCAUUAUUGGCCAGAUCACGAAAGCUGCAGCAUAAAUGGUACCAUGAUAUGUGAUCAGUUGGAAGUAUCACUGAUUAGCCAAGAAGAGACUAACUAUUCUACUGUCUCCAGAUUUCGUCUGAAUGAGAGAGAUACAAAAACAUGUCAUGAGGUGUCACAUCAUUGGUUCACAGCAUGGCCCACCAAUGGAGUACCUGAAGAUCCAUCCGAUUUAAUUAGUUAUCUAGAAGCAGCUUGGUCUGACACUGCAAAAAGCGAAGGACCUAUUGUAGUCCACUGUAGCAAUGGUAUAGGCCGUACAGGAGUUGUUCUGACCACUCACAUAGGAAUGCAGCAACUGGAAGAAUCCCAUAGUUGUGAUGUGUUAGAGACAGUGUGGAAGCUUCGCCAGGACAGAGGUGGACUAAUUCAAACUGAAGACCAAUACAUUUUUACUUAUACUGUACUAGAAGUUUAUGCCAAGCACCUGGAAAUGCUCCUUGAUGAGUGAUUCAACACCAGAACUAGAGUGUGGCUACAGCUUUCACAUGAAGUUAUACGAAAAAAAAAUGACAAAGCUAGUGUCUGGACACAUUUUUAAUUUACAAUUUUAUCAAAGCAAUGUACAAGUAGGUGUCAUACAAAAUGCUACAAACACUGAGUAGAUGCUUAGUUUUCUCUUUGUCAGAUAGUCUUUCCAAUAUUAAUAUUCAAUAGUCUGUUUCAUCAGACAGCAAUGUCAUGUACAAAA